AUGAGUUCGUUUUCAUGUUCAUAAGGACAUUUCACUCUUUUCCAAGGUAAAAGUACACUUGGUUGCACUAAUUCAACAAAUUUUUGCGGGAAAUUUUCUUCGUGUGUCUAGGUUAGUAGUGCAAAUGGGCAAGCAAUAAAUGGAUGUUGCAGAGAAGAUUAUCUAUAUCCUAGUAUAGCCAAUAUCGUAGUGUAUAUACUGAUUAUCCCAAUCAUAGGGAUUGGCAGUCUGGGAGCUUUAGGAGGUGGUGUGGUCAAAAGGCCAUUUCUGGAGGCUGUUUUAAAUUUCAAUUCUGGUCCUUCAGGUAAUAUAACUGCAUGCUUGAUGUUUGGAGCCCAACUAGUUAAUUAGAUAAUAAUCACAUUCUAGAAACAUCCAUACCAUCCUCAGUGUCCAGCUGUCAAUUAUGAAGUCGGAAUGAUUUAUGCUUUGGCUAUUCCUCUUUCUAUGCAAUUCGGAGAAGAAUUAGCAAGUUAUAUGCCGUUACUACCAGUUUUAACGAUAUAGAUGAUGUUUUUUAUUGUCAUUCUUCCAAUUUGUUUAUUAUAUGCAAAAAGACAAGAAGUUGUUGAAUAAGAAUUGGAUGAAGAUUACACUGACUCUCACAUUUCUAUGGCAUCAGCUUUUAAAGGCUCAAUCUAAGAUGAAGCAUAAGCAGCAUUAGUGUAUAAAUAAUUUUUGGAUGAAUCUCAUUAAAUCCUUCCUCUCAUUCCUGUACUUAUUGCCUUUGGUAGUUUUGCAGCUAACGAAGCAGUGAUUCUAUCAAGAUCGACUCUUAGUUAAAAUUCGCCUUAUUUUCAAACCAACGAAUAAGACCCAAAUCCUAAAUUAAGUCCAUGCAAUGUUUGGAAUUUCUAUAUGAUGAUCCUCUUGUUUGCAGUGAAUAUUUUGAUAACUGGAACUACAUUAUUGGUAUACAGAAAAAAAGAAGAAAUAAAGGACACUGUCAGAUAUAAAAUGAAGGAAAGAUAUUUUACACCAACCAGAAGAUUUUUUAAAAUCUAUGGAGCUGGAUGUGCAACCGGUUUUAUUGCUGGGUUUUUGGGAAUGGCAGCAGGUUUAACCAUGUUUGUAACGAUGGUUUAAUUUGGUCUGGUUGCAGCUUCUGCAGGAGCAACAGCAAGAUUAUGGUUAUUUUAUUGUAUGCUUACAAGUUUUUGUAUCAUUCAUGGUCAGCGAUUCUGGAAUGCCAAUUGGUGAUUAAUUCUUCUUCUACGGAAUUGGGAUUGUUGGUGUACUGGUCUUCACAAACUUAGGUUAUUAUUACAUAAACAAAUACAAAAUUGGUCAUAUUUUAUUUUAUAUUGAUUUUGCCAUUGUCGUUUUAAAUAUUGCUGGCAACAUUGCAUGGGGAAUAGAAUAAACUGAUAGAUAGGGUUUUUAUUCCAUUGUAAAUAUAUCUAAUUCCUGUAGAGAUUGAUUAUUAUUUAUUUAUCAACAAUAAGUUAUUAUAAUUAUUUAAUUAA